AUGGCUGCUACGAUUAGAGGGAAAAUAGUUUCAACGUUCAAAUUACACGGCCUUUCGCUCAAAAUAGACGCAUCUAAAUUCCUCGCAGAGGUUUUAGGUUCCUUGACUGAGGUUGAGUUAGAAGAUUGGCUGGAUAAAAUUGUGGAGGGAGUCCAAAAACAACCACUAACCACUUCACUUGUCGACCGUGAUGUAGUCGAACAGGCCGUUCAAGAAUGUAGUCACACCGCUGAAGACGACAGCGAUCACGCGUUUACCUUCAUUGAUGCUUUCAGCGUGCCAAUAUUCUCGUUUAACCCUGACAGAAAAAAGUUUCUACCGCAUAACGAUGUCAGUUCUCUUCACGCACAUAACCCGAACGCCAAAUCCAUGGUGUUCCGAGAGAGGUACAGAGUACUUCAUCAACGAACCAUGAGGCAUGAAUUAUUCUCGCCGGUUGUAGAGGGAGCUAAUCAGAGUCAAGUGGCGGAGAAGUUUGCUCUCAAGCCCGUAGAAUUCCUGCUAGGGAGUACUGCAAACCUGGGACAGAUAAUUGUGCUGGGAAUGCUGACACAAAUCAAAGAGGGCAAAUAUUAUCUGGAAGAUCCUUCUGGUGUUGUGGAACUCGAUAUGCGUCAAGCCAAUUUCCACACUGGUCUGUACACAGAGAAUUGCUUCGUUCUUGCUGAAGGAACUUACGAAGAUGGUGUAUUCCGCAUCAAAGCCUUAGGUUUUCCCCCAGCAGAGCCAGGAAAAGUGACCAGAUAUCAUUUUGGUAAUGUUAAUUUCUUCGGCGGCCCUUCCUCCACCAGUUUAAAAGCAUCAGCAAAGCUUAAGGCCAUAGAAAGAGAGAACCACAAUGCAAUGUUUGUGAUCUUGUCAGAUGUAUGGCUGGACCAGCCAAAGGUUAUGGAAAAGCUCCGAGCAUUGUUUUCAGGAUAUUCAACCAUGCCACCGGCCAUGUUCAUUCUGUGUGGAAACUUCACCUCUGAGCCAUACGGCCCUAAACACUAUCACACUCUCAAAGCGUCAUUCCAGGCUUUUGCCAAGUUGGUGGCAGAGUUUCCACCACUGACAGAGAAUAGCCGUUUUGUGUUCAUACCUGGGCCACAAGAUCCAGGACCUGGAAACAUUCUUCCAAGACCCCCAAUCCCUAUGGUUUUCACGUCAGCCAUCACUGAAAAAAUCCCUAUGAGUGUAUUCACUUCCAACCCUUGCAGAAUCCAGUACUGUACCCAGGAGAUCAUUGUUUUCAGAGAAGACCUUGUGAACAAAAUGUGCCGCAACUCAAUCAAUCUGUCAUCAGACUUGAAAGACAUCCCUGUUCAGUUAACGAAGACAAUCUUGGCACAGGCCCACAUUUGCCCUAUCCCACCCCAUGUCAGGCCAAUUUACUGGACUCAGGAUCACUCUCUCAGGGUGUAUCCUGUUCCAGAUCUGAUGAUUUUGGCCGACAAGUAUGAUCCAUACACCUGCUCUAGUUUAGAAUGUGUCAGUACAAAUCCCAGCUCCUUUGCAAGGAAUGAGUUUGCUUUUAAAGUGUACUGGCCUUCAACUAGGGAGAUUGAGGACUGUAAGAUCAGUGAUUGAUGUUCGUUAGAAGUGAGAGUACAAUUCAGCAAAGGAAUGUUGUGUAAAGUGAAUUAGUGAUCACAAAUACUGGAAAAAAGACUGUAUUGAACACAGUAUUACAUUACUUUGUAAAUAGGAACCGUCUCACUUUGGGUGUACCUCUAUGUUUCAAUACCAAGUGGGAAAGUUCCCCAUCCAGAUGCAACUUAUGUGAAGGAAUAAAUUUACUUAUUAUAUCUCUCAGUUGGUACAUGUACCAUGAUUGGUCAAUUUAUUGGGCUGUAUAUCACUGCAUAGUGUGCUAAAUUCAAGUCUGUUUGAAUUAAAAUCUUCCCCUUCUUAUUUGAAACCUGAGAUAUGAUAGAUAUCCUGCUAACCUAGUUUUGUUGUUCCCUACUGCAAACUAAGGAACUUCAACUUUUUUGUUUAGAUAUUUUUACAUGCAAACGUUGUGCUUGAACUAUAAAUUAGAGGGAAAAAUUGGUCUGUAACUUACAAUAUGGAAUAAGAAAAGGAGGUUUAUAAAAGGUAUAUUAGACUGAAUUUAGCAAGUUGAGAAACUUUGACUUUCUUAUUGAUGACAGUAAUUUAAAUAAUGAAAGCCAAGGCAAGUCUUGCAGUGAAAAAAUCUUUCCAGUGAAAAAAUCUUUCCAGUGAAAUUUAUAGCAUCUGGCAUUUAUGCUUGAUUUAGAUUCUAAGGUUAAAGUACUAUGAUUGCAUUAUUGUAAUAUAACGUUCAUCUUCAUAAAGAUGAGUUGUAUACUCUGCAACAUUCAAGUGGUUAGCAAUUGGUGCUUUUUCAUGAACUGAUUACCAUGUCAAGGUGAAUAUCAACUGUGUGAUUGUUUGAAAUAUUAUUUUAAAGUCCUCUUUAACUUCAAUUUCCAACCAACUGUGAUUCCUGAAUGAAAAGUGCAUGACCUAAAAAGCAAUAUUAUUGCAAAAUUCUUGUAAAAGCACUGAAAUGGUAAAAUAAAAUAACAAGACAACAGAUGGUGCAAAAAAUAUAUAUCUAUCGAAUCUUUUAGCUUUUCUUACCGAAUUGUGACAAGAAAAUCCCCUCUAGUUUUGGAGACAAUGACUCGUUUAGCCGAUGUAACUUACAUUGCCUGUCACGCAAGUUUUGUCGAAGAAUCACGCAAACAAUCAACAGUCACGGAAGAUUCAUAACUCGACAUGUUUACGUCAGUCACUUAGUUGACGAGCGAGAGAUUCGAAGUAAAACGCCAUGGGGACCGUAAAGGCCGGUUAUCUCAACAAACUAAGUAAGUUUCUCUCGAAUGAAAAUUCUAAGAAGUAGCCGAAAUCAAUAGAAACACAAAUUCUUCUCAUUCUUAGGCGGUUUCUUCAAGAAUUCUUGGAAGAGAAGAUACUUCGUUUUAUAUCAAGAUGGCGUAUUCUGUUAUUACCAAGACUCAAAGGAUAAGGAAUGUGACGGUAAAAUCCAUAUGAAAACAGAGUGCCGACGAAUAAACGUUGGCCAAGCCGUCGGAGAAGGAGUAAAGCCUCCUAAGGACAAUGAUUUAAAUGCCAUGUUCUGUGUUUCUUCGCCCGAGCGGACGUGGUAUCUCUACGCAGAGAGCGAGAGGGAAGCAAGGUGAAUAGCUCGCCAGUAACUUUGACAAGAUUUGGGGCGUUUUUAUUAUUGAUCUAAACUUCUUUGGAUGAUCAUUACAUUUAAGUAGUUUUUUCAGUGAAGUAGUUGUUUGACAUACAUUCAGACGUGACAUCAGAUCGGUCAAACAACUAUUUUUUAUUUUUUUUAUUCCGCCCUUCAUAGCUUAAUUACAUGAAACUCGGUGUUCGCAUUUAGGAUUAAUUGUCUUUUUAGGAAUCAAAGGGGUAUGGUUUGGGUAAAUAAUAUAUAUAUUCAGUCACGUUAGAAUCCUACAAGUGAUCUAGUCAGUAUAAAAUGAUAUCGCCCUCGGUCUUAAAAUUAUUCCUUCACUCCAUGUUUGCCACAAAUUUUGAUUCCCUUUCCUCAAAGUUUAUUCCGUGUAGAAUAAUUUACUUGCAUUCAUAAGACAAACGAAAGCGGAUGUUUCACUGAUAGGAAAGGAAACCACUUUUUUUUCCGCUUAUGUUUUAUUUCAUGUAUUAAAAAUAUUAUCUUUUUCUCUGUCUGAAUUAAUUGUUGAUUAUUUUUGUUCCAGGGAUUGGAUUUCAGUCUUAGAACAAGCUAGGGUUCCAGUAAGUACAACUUAUUUGUGACUCUAGUCAACUGAACUGCACCAAUGUUUUGCACUAAGCAGAGUAUAUCACUACACAUGCCACGCUGUAUGUUUAAUUAGGUGUAAGAAUCAACAGCCAAUGUCAUAGUUCAGAAUAUGCUUCUUUUUUUAUUUCUACUCAGCAAAAAUUCAGAUAGUUGAUCAGGGCUCUUAGCUUAACUUUUUUAGGCUUGCCUUUUUGCAAUCUUAAAUGCCCCUGGAUGAUUACUGCCAGAAAACAAUUAUUUUUGGAGGAUUUCUUAUAUCUUUUAGAGAACACUUUUUCUCUGUUGCCUCAUUAGCUUACGUAUGGUGGUCAACAGAACCCUCCUAUGGCUGGUUCCUACUCUCCAUACAGUGCUCCUAGCACUGCUGGAUAUGGAACAACAGCACCUCCUGGUUAUGGAGCAACAGCACCUUCUGCAGGGUAUGGUGCAGCAAUGCCUCCUGCUGGGCAUGGUACAGCAUCACGCCCUCCACCAAUUGGUUUUAAUCCUUCCGUUGUUCAAGCAGCAGCACCAUGUAAGAUUUUAUUACUCAAAUAUUAACUUAGUGGAAGUUGAGAGGUUCAGGUUUGAGUCUUUGAAAGGCCAGUAUGUUGUGUGACAAGGCAUGCAAGGCAUAUAACUCUCACAAUACCUCUCUCUAUCCAGGAUUAUAAAUGGGUAGUGUCAAACUGUCUUGGUGAAUUGAGCAAAUUUUGGGGAAUAGCUUGCAAAAGAGUAGCAUCCCAUCCAGAGGGGGUAGGGAUACUUCCUAGUCAUGCAAUAAUACAAAAUAAUGGAACAAGCUCUGGUUGUGUUGGUCCUGGGGCUGGAGUGCUAAUUGUACCUUUUUAAAUUAAUCUUUAUCUGAAACAGAGACUCUCACUUUCUCUUAUAAAAUUUCCAGAUUUUUUUCAAGAGUUUCCAGACUUUCUAUUAUAAGGGGUUGACAUGUCUGUGAAGUAGCACAUUCAUUUCAUUGUUUUUAUCUCUUGAUUCAUUUCUGUCAACAGCUGGUCCCCCUCCGCCAUAUUCUCAGGGCCCUCCACAGCCCCAAGCAGCAUAUAGCCAGCCACCACCUUAUCCCCGAGGGCCACCAGGAGCAGGAUAUGGACCUCCCUCUUACCCUCCUGCUAAUGCCCCACGACAGCCAGGUUAUCCAACACAGCCCCAUCCCUACCCACAGCAGCCACCAGCAAUGUACCCACAGCAAGCCCCUGGACCUUACCACCCAACCCCUCCUCCUGGUCACUAUCCACAGCAGGCAUACUAUCCCUCCCAAAGCACAACAUAUGUCCAGGGUGGCAAGCCACAGACUGUCUAUGUUCAACAGCCUCCUCAGCAGCAUCACAGCGGAAGGAACAAAAUGAUGAUGGGAGCUGCUGCAGGUGUUGUUGGUGGAGCGGCAAUGGGUUAUAUGCUGGGUCAUACUGUAGGAGGGAUUGGGCAUCAUGGCUUUGGGGGGUGGGGAUCUGACCAUUCAUGGUCUUCAGGAGGAAGUUUUGACUGUGGUUUUGACUGAAAAAAUAAUUAUUCCGUGUAAGUUUAGGUCAAAAGACAUUUGUUCUUCCAUUUAAGUGCUUAACAGUCAAAGAUAAAAAGAGAAAACAAUGGGAUGACUAGUUUUCUUAAAUUUUUUUACAUGUUGCCAUGAAUGAUAGAACAGGUGGCUAUGACCACAACCAGGCUUAUACAAAUAUUACAACAAAAAUUUCAGAUUUGCAGUAAGACCACUAAUAAGGGGUUUGAAAGCAGUGGCCACUGAACCCCAUUUAUAAUCAACAAUGUCUAAUUGCUUAAUAACUAUUUCAUGGGUUAGGUGCAAUUACUUUUAAGACUAAUAACUUUUUAUGAAGACUCUGAAGUCAGGGAAGUAUGUCACCAUUUUAUGCAGUGCAAAAAACUGUUAUUUAUUUUACUUUUGUGAUAACUGGAUUAUAAUUAUUUAUCUUGAAGUAUUAUCUUCAAAGAUAAGGAUGGAAGGUGCUUUCUGCGAAUCGUCAUUUCUCUAAUGGGAGGCAGUUGACCUUUUCUAAGGAAUCUGCUCACCCUUCCACCUAUUGCAAAAUGACUAUUGAUGGAAUGAGUCCUUUGUAGCUUUUUAUCUCCCAAUGACUUUAUUGAACUUUCAUAUAAUUAUUAUACAAAGUCAGAACAUAGAGUCGAAAAAAAAAAAGAGCAAGAUAGAAAGCUGUUACCCUUGGUCAACUAGACUAAGUGUGCAAUUAAGAAAUAUCAGAUACAAUUAACAUAGAGUGUAUGACCACUAAGAACCAUUUUGAGUAAAAACAUUUAUCACUUUAUCUCAAUUUACUCUGUGAAUAAAUUAUUGUUAGCUUGGCCUUCACCUUUAUGGUGAUGUUAAACUCGGUUCAGGUAGGCUUACAAUGAGAAAUGAUAUAGAUCUUGAACAAAAGGCAAAUUCUUUUGGUGGUGGCCCAGAAUAUUAAGAUGUUAAAUGGUAUUUCAGGGUUGUAGAUAAGAGCUAGCAGCUAGCGAAGUACGCUGGCUUCUCUGCAAGGUUUUGCUGGCUAUUUUCAUUGCUUUGAGAGCCU